GUUUAUUUUAGGCAUAUUUAUUUUAUGUAUUUUCAUGAUAUUUUUGAGACGAAAAUUCACUCGCUCGCUCGUGCAUAUGUUUUGUGCUUUGAAUGAAUAUGAAGUUUAUUAUUAUUAUUGCAAAUUAUAGUGGUCAGCCAUUAGAUUAGUAAGUUCAGUUUAUUUUCUUGUUUACGUGAAGUAACUUUUUGGACCUAAAUAAACCAGAAUAAUCAAAAGUACAAUGGAGGUAGAUUCAGUUCCUAAGUCAUUGAAUCCUUACAUCAAAUUGUUCAAGUUGGAUGUGGAGGCCUAUAAAAAAUUAAAUAAUCAUUUACAAGAGGCUGACCGUUUUGUGGAACUGGAAAACCAGUCUAAUCAGCUAAUAGAAAAUACUCAGACGCUGCAAGUUGUAUUGAAGAGGAUUAAGAUAUUCGAAUGCAAAGAAUGUUUAUUUUGCUAUACUACACAAAGGGACUACAGACUACACGUGCUUAAACACGCGAAGCCUAUUGUGAACACAGAAUUCUCCUACGAGAAGUAUGGUAACUACAUCAAAAGAUUUGAAUGUGAUGAGUGUGAUAUGAAAUUUGUUGCCCAGAGCACUUUGAGAGCCCACGCUGCAGUUCAUGUCCCUUACCCUCAUGUCUGCCAUUGUGGUAUCGGUUACCGCCAGAAAACUGAUCUUGUAGCCCAUAAAAAACUUGUACACCACGAAGAUGAAGAAAGAAAUGUCUGGAAACCAAAAACGAAAUAUGCAGGGAAAAAAGAGAAAUCAGAAUUCUGCAUCAAGUCUGAAUAUGUUACACAAGAGAGUGAUGCAAUCAAAACAAAGUUAGGAGUAUACAUACCAAAGACAGUUAAAUUAGAUAAAAGUAAAACUAAAAGAAAAAAGAUUCGUCGCGACAGUACAUGCAGCAAUAGCGACGUAUUGACUAGAGUGAAGUAUGAAAAGAUAGUAGUGGACGGUAAUACGAGGUAUCAAUGUCCGAUAUGCCACAAAGCGUAUUCAUACCAUUCCAUAAAACAACAUAAUACUGUUCAUUCAGGGGAGAGACCAUACAAAUGUGAUAUAUGUGGAAAAUGUUUCACACAAACCGGUGCUCUUAAUACACAUAAAGUGAGACACGAGGGCGCCACUUUUGAAUGUCCUGUAUGUAAGAAACUGUUAUCUUCAAAAUGUAGUGUGAAUCUUCAUAUGCGUGUUCAUACCAAAGAGAAGCCAUACAAAUGUGACUAUUGUGAAAAGGCGUUUGCAGAUCCUAGUGCAUUUGCUAGACAUAUUAGGACCCACACUGGGGAUAAGAGGUAUAAAUGUAAAGAAUGUCCCAUGAGCUUCACGGACGCUAGUGGAUUGAUAGCGCACAGAAAAAGGCACAUUGGUAUAAAAACAGUGCAAUGUGAAAUCUGUGAUAAGAAAUUCUACUCUAAGUCUGAACAAAAGAAACAUAUUCUUACCGUGCACGCCCAUCAAUACCUUUACGAAUGCGACUAUUGUACCAAACGUUUUGCAACGAAAAAAUCGUUGCAAGAUCACAUAGGGAGAAACGGGGUACAUUCUGCAUGGGCUUGCAAAUAUUGUCCGAGGAAAUUUUAUUCUAAACAAUUGAGACAAAAGCAUUUCAACAUUCAUAAAAAACUUGAAUUUGAUGAUUAUGAAUGUGAUUUAUGUGCGGCAACAUUUUGUACUAAGGCGUCGGUUGCUAAACAUUUGAAAAUGGAACAUAAUUAGAUUUUUUUUAAUGAUAGUCUAAGUGACAGAGUUUUGUUACUAAUUUGACAUUCAAACGGAGUUUUACUACUGUUAUUUAUGUUUCGUUAUAUUUACAUUGGUUUAAACUAUGUAUUCAGUUUUAUUACUGUGUGUCAUUUGUUCCAUUAAAUCUGCAUUGUAAUCUGUUGUCAAAGAGGUAUCAUCAGAAAUCCCUGGCACAGAAACCGGUUGCCUUGAUUAGGUGUAACAGUCGCUCUUUGUUGAGUUACACACAUGUAUCAUUUUAAAUUAUACGAAAUUAAUAAUGUUUCCUGAAUAAAAACUUAUUUUCUUUUUAAAUGCACGCCUUCAAUGUAGUGUAGCCUAAGUGUAUUUCCGAGUGAUGAAAUAAUGGGAUGAUGGGAUGGGAUGAAAAGAUGGGUUAAAAUGAAUAUUAUGCAGUAACAUAGCAAAAAUUAUACAGAAUUAUCCCUGUCGAAGGUUUGAAUACCAGUUUAAUUUAUUAUGAUGACAGCAUGAAUUGUAUUAAUAAGUUUUUAUUUUGGAUCAAAUGAUUAAAACUACAUUCAUGCAAUAUUAAUAUGAUUAUAAUGAUAUUGAAGAUUUUUUUUCAAAAGACUGAUAACUUGAUUAAAUUGGUACCAAAAUUAGUGAUAGUUAAUAAGUUAAGUUUAACUUAGUCUUCUUUUAAGCGAUGCGCUGGCAACCUGUCACUAUUUGAAUCAUUAAACCUAAGAGCUGAACGUGGCCUUUCAGUCUUAAAUACUGUUGGCUCUGCCUACCCCGCAAGGGAUAAAUACUAGACUUUAUGUACGUAAGUUUGAUACAGCUAUUUCUUACAUUGAUUGAGCUGAGACUAGAUUAGUAUAGUUUACCAUCCGGUACAUAAAUAAAGAUCUUGUGCCAAUGUUAUUAUGUUCUCAGAAAGGUUGAGAGCGUUUUCAGUGUCUUAAAAAUGUAAUUUUAGGAACUUACUCUUGUAAAAUGAGGAAUUAAAAAAUAUGCUUUGUUACGAUAUAUGUAUUUUUCUAAUUCAUCGUGAUUUUUCUUCCAAUACCUAUAUAAUUAUAAACAAGAAUAUCUAUGAAAUUUCAAGAGAUUUCUUAUAAGUGAUGGACUGUUAUAGAUAUAAGUUAUAAAUGUUAAUUUUCAAUGAUGUUUACGAUUGUUUUUU